UGGGGCCAGUGGCUUGUUUGGGAAACUCAGAGUCAACCACGAUGUUCGCUUGGCUGCUGCUGGCCGUGCUGGCCCCUUACUCCUCUGCUCUGCCGCUGACCGGGAAGACGGACGACCAUCUUCUAGCCGAGAAAUACCUUCGUCGCUUCUACGGUCUGCCAACUGGUCUCCGAGGAAGACAGGCGUCCUCCAGUGAUUUUCAGAACAAGAUCCAGCAAAUGCAAAGAUUCUUCAAGCUUCAGAUAACGGGGAACCUUGAUGACAACACUCUAGAGGUGAUGAAGCAGCCCAGAUGUGGAGUACCAGAUGUUGGGGAGUACAACCACUUCCCUAGACACCUCAAAUGGGAAAACAACAAUCUCACAUUCAGGAUACUGAAUUACACCCCAGACCUGAAGAAGACUGACGUAGACCGAGCCAUCCGCAGUGCGCUGAACGCUUGGGCAGAUGUCACCCCUCUGACCUUCAAGAAGCUGCACGAAGGCAUCGCAGACAUUAUGAUCAGCUUUGGAUCCAGAGAGCACGGCGACUACAAUCCAUUCGACGGACCUGACGGACUGCUGGCUCACGCCUACCCUCCGGGCCAGGGCAUCGGAGGAGACACUCACUUUGAUGAAGAUGAGCACUGGACCAAAGACGCAUCAGCUUACAACCUGUUUAUGGUAGCGGCCCAUGAGCUGGGUCACGCCCUCGGCAUGGCCCAUUCAUCAGACGCGGGUGCCCUGAUGUACCCGAUCUACUCCUUCAGCACUGGCUACCCACUGGCUGAAGAUGACAUUGAAGGCAUCCAAGCUCUCUAUGGUCCCAACCCCAACCCGAAAAAAAGGAAGCCAAGACCCGACGCACCUAACAAGUGUGACCCCAAGUUGAGUUUUGAUGCUGUAACGGAGCUACGAGGGGAAACCAUCAUCUUUAAAGACAGGUUCUACUGGCGUCUCCAUCCCCAGAUGACAGAGCCCGAGCUGACGCUGAUUAAGUUCACAUGGCCCUCCCUCCCAAACAAAGUGGACGCAGCUUAUGAGUAUCCAGAGAAGGACUUAGUCUACAUCUUUAGUGGAAUCCGUGUGUGGGCCUUGAAUGGAUAUACACUUGUGGAUGGCUAUCCAAAGUACAUACACAAGCUUGGUCUUCCCAAAACUAUCAGAGAGGUAGACGCGGCCGUGCACAUUAAAGACACGGGGAAGACUCUGCUUUUCACCGAUGAAGAAUACUGGAGUUAUGAUGAAGCAACAGGCACCAUGGAUGCUGGUUUUCCCCGAUCUAUUGAGGAUGACUUUCCAGGAAUGCAUGAUGAGUUUGAUGCAGUCACUUUUCAGAAUGGCCGCUUGUACUUCUUCCAUGAAGAUUUGCAGUAUGAGUACAGUUACAACUACAGGAAGGUCAUCCGCAUCAUGAGGACCAACUCCUUUCUCUACUGCUGAUGAGGCGGAGGGCAGCCGUCGUUGGGUCAGCAGUUAUGUGCCGAUGUAGCUGGCUAUACGUGAACAGAUGAUAAACUGUUUAGACCAAUAAGGAGGAGACAACACGUGGUCCGGCGCGGACACAGGAAGACGAACGUACGUUAGGCGUGAAGUAAAGAAAAGUAAACGGCUGUCAGUGCUGGACACAGGACCCUGUAUGAUUCUUUGGAACUUAUAAUUGACCUAUUUAUUUUCAACGUGUUGCUUAUUUAUAAUUAUUCAUUAUAAUGUCUGUGGGGAAAUCAUAAUUCUCAUUUGACUGGAUUCCAAAGCUUACAUGGAUUCACACCAGUUCCAAAUAAAAUCAGAUUUUUCAUCCUCA